AUGGCAUUCCUUUUGGCCGCCUCCUCAUCGCUCGGCAAAAAACUUCUUCUUUUCGGAUUACGACAUAUUGAUAUUUUAGACAAAGACCCAGCCGACUUUAAACUCGUCUCCCUCCUCCGCCUAAAGCUCCCACGUGAAAUCCAUCUUUCGAAAGCCCAGGCAUCACUACUUCGUGUUACAUUUAUUCUCGACUUCGGCGUUCCGCAAAUAUUGAUCGAGGUGGACGGAGUGCAAGUACACGCACGAUUAUCCGAGAAUAGCGAGCUUGCGGAGGCGAAGGUGCCGAGUCAAGACGGGAAACCAUCUGAAGCGAGGACACAACGGCCCUCACCUCCCCGCCGACGUCGACCGUCAUCCCCCUCUCCUUUCGAAGAUUAUUCGAGCGAUACAUCGUCAGAGGCGGACGUGAAACCCCUUUUGACUGUAGAUGAUCUCGCGAAGUCGUUCAUUCGGGACGAGCCCGCCGAAGAGAUUCGAGAACUAGAGGAAGCCCUGAAUACGCAGUCAGAACACCUUCAAGAGUCGAUAGCGUCUAGUGACGAUGGGGACGACGAAAGCACCACUGGCAUGGGAGCCCCUUUGGCUCUUCCGGCUGUGCUCCGCAAUCUCCUGAACACCGCUUUGGAUCGGCUCCAGAUCACUGCGAACCAUAUCGACAUCGAAGUUGAAGAUCAGAGUCCCUCCGACGGAUCGAAUGAGUCAAACGAGGACGAGGAUCCAUUCGCGUCUAUCAAUUUUCAUAUCGACCGCAUAGCAAUUGACUCUGUAACGUCUCGGGAUCCUCAGGUUGACAUUGCCUCUGCUGCGCUGCCUUCAGGAAACCCAGAUUCUAAACUUGGGAAGCGACGGAUGCGGGUUGAGAAUGUCUACGCGCGCCUCAUCUCCGACGCAGACAAUUUCGAAACACUAUCCCGGAUCUCACGGCCAUCGUCGCCAGCAGACACUCGUUCUGAGCUCUCUUCGAGCCAGAAGAUCCCUAGUGAUGCGUCGACUAGCCAAGUUUCAGCAGGUCAUGAUAAUCCCUCGACUCUGCCCGAAGAAGACACACACCCGGUCCAGGCCUUUGUUCCUGAUAUUCCACAUGAAACCGAGUUUGUUUCCCUACCGCCUCGCCACGAUAAUGCGAAUCGUCUUUCAUCUUCUAUUCUUACUACUGAUGAUGAUCGAUUUGCAGAUGCCGCUUCUGACGACAGUUUAGAACAUAGUAUCGCAAGCGACUUGCCUACUCAACCACAGCAUCCUAAUGCACCGUGCGACGCGGGUGCCGACAGCAUUUUAUAUAACGUCGAUGGCCUCUUGGAGUAUUCUUCAGACAACAAUCUCUUCGAUUCUACGCUAGGCGGCUCAACUCAAGGGAUUGGACCUUUCAGGCACCCAGGACGAUGGGGAGGCGAUGGAGCGAAUUUGAGCCACGAUUUCAGGCCCGGAUCUCCUGACACUUUACCAUUAGUUCUCGGUUCGUCGUCUUCACAUACUCUCCAACGCUCUUUAAGGUCUGUAAAUGGUGAGGAUUCGUUGUCACAACCCGCGUUGUCCGAACUUGAUGCGUCGACGGAUAACUUGGAUUUCGCGCGACAUCAUAUGCAACCGGAACAAAACACUUCACUUGGAAUGCACAGUGAUUCUGCCCCGGGCGAGGAAGACCUGGCCGAGUCAAAGUUGUUCACUCAUGACGAUGCUGAAAGCAUGUACAUGAGCGCCCUAAGCGCAGCUCCACUAGCCUCCAGCAGUCUAUCGGUUCCUGGAGGUUGGGAGUCUUCAUCAAGUUCAAGCCAAGAUACAGGAUCUGACACUUCUGUGCCGAUUCCUCCUGCAAUGGUAGCUUCAAGCAUACUGAGACCCCUACUGGAGGCUGACGAUGGCUGUGAGACACCACGUCCUGGAAGUAGGCAAAGCCAACUAUCCUCUCCGGUCGAUUAUCGUGGACGCUCACCGAGUCAAAAUAUCGAACCUAGCCUCCCUAAUGCACGCUCUGGGGAAAAGCUUGCAAAGCUCUUCUUGACUAUCGAUCAGAUUAGCGUCUGGUUUCCGCUUGGUUUAGAGCAAAACGAGCCCAGUGAAGACGCUGCCGGACAGAUAAGAGAUGAUAGAGGUCUCGACUUCGCUCCGCCAAACCUCGGUGAAGAUUCCAUUUUUCAGGACAUGCCAGGCUCUUUCUCGAAUUAUGCUCUCUCCACUGCGUCCAGAAUACCAGAAGCCCCGAAGAAACGCCCGGUUUCUGAGCUAGCUCUGGCAGAGAAACACUCCAUUACUCCCAAAAAGGAGCCUUCUCCUAUGAUCAGUGUAGAGGUCGGAUCGCUGGUUGGACAUAUGGACAUUUCUACCGGCCGCAUCAUGUUUCAGAUGCUUGACAGGAUCCUGAAAGCGUUAACUGGUAUGUCUGACACAGACACCAGGCCAGCAAUGAAGAAGGAUGCCCCGGUGAGCCCACGAGCGAAGUUAGAUCUCUCUAUAAAGCAUUUCAGUAUUGCGUGGCUAGAGCGUUUAGUGACCGAGCCGCUACUGGAGAACGGCCGAUCGUUAUCUAGGCUAGAGAAUAAUCCUUUGGAUGCGAUUAUUCGAAUCGGUCUCUCCUCCAUACAUUUUGCAAGUCAAGCUCAAUUUGAGGAAGCCCGUGCAAAACUCCUAAUCCGAAAAUUCGUGCUAUCAACUCUUAAUCAGGACAUCAUCUCAUUUCAACCACCGAAGCCGAAAUCAAAAAGAUCUUCUGUUGUCAGCAUCGCGGAUAUACUUAAUAACGAUAUCGAGAUUGACCUCGAGCAAACGAAGGAUCGCCGUGUUACCAUCGUAACACGGCCCGUUAAGAUCAUGUUUGACAUGAAGAAGCUUGACGAGGCUUUGGGCUCAUUUGGAGGCUUUAGUGGUGUUCUAGAACUAGGCAGUUCUAUGACUUCAAAUCCCAUCGUCAAUAGCCCAAAGACUUCGGUGGCUAAGUCUCGACCACGCGGCGUUCAUUUUGGCGAUACUCCACCUCCACCGCCUCCGGCGACUACUGCCCUUAGUUUCCCUAAGAUUCAGAUCAAGUUUGGGGAAGUUACAUUUACUCUCAAAGGGAAGAGUUGUACAUUGCAACUGCAAACAACGUCAGUACGAAUUGCAGUCCGAGAAAGCAACUUUCGUCUGAAGGUAUCAGAAGUCCAGCUAUCCGGUCCUUAUGUAGACGCUGCCCAAGUGGGAGUGCCGCUUCUUGUGGAGAUUAGAGAUACCACCAUCAAUUUUCUCUUUACGCCUGAGGAAAUCGAUUUGACGAGAUUAAUCUCCAUGAUCACUCCAUCCAAGGAUCCAUAUGAAAAUGAUGGGGACAUUCUCAUUGACACCUUACUUCGCCAACGUCGAAAGGGAUCUGUCCUCCGAGCAGAAGUUGCAAGUGUAGGAAUACGCAUAACAGACAUCGGCCAACUACAGACCCUUGAUGCUCUAGGUGCGGAAGUAGCCAGGCUGGCUCGAGUGACGAAGUAUCUCCCGGACGAUGAUCGCCCUGGAAUACUCACACUCGCAAUAGUCCAGCGCUUCGAUGCAAAUUGCAUGGUCAACGAGCGACUCGGCGAUGUUUCUAUCGGUUGUGAAGUUAUUUCCGUCGCACAUGUCGGAGUUCCUCCACUCUUCGCUGUAGAAAUUGGCAAAGCAUCAGUUACCCGUGCCAAUGAGCUUUUAAUUCACGAAGUUGUCGAGCUUCGCCCACAAGACCAGCUACCUAUGGUCAUGGCAAGGAUGAUCGGUGACGAAAUGGAACCUAUCAUUAAAGCAAAGCUUUUCAACCUUUGUGCUGAAUACCAUGUUACCACGAUCAUGGCAGCCCUAGGCAUCCUAGACGACGGUACAGUCGACGAUAUCGCAUUGGGGCUCGCGUCAUCAGUCGCAACCAUUACUGGUGGGACAUCUCCAAAAAUGCUAAGUAGACAUUCGUCAGAAUCGAGCAGCUCUCCUGGUGGCUCUACGAAACCGUUUCGCGUAGAUCUCCUUCUCCGAUGCUGUGCGAUUGGGCUUAAUCCGAGGAAGAUUCCUUCUAAAGGCCUCUUCGUCCUUACCGAUGCACAUUUCACGGGAACCGUGUCCAAGAAAGAGGAGAUAUUUGCCGCUGUAGAACUCCGGAAAGCCUCGAUACAUGCUAUUGAUGACACUGGGAGACUUGAGCAGAAUAGGGAUUACGUGUCGGCUCCGCCUGCUAGUUCCCCACUUGGGCAACACCAAUUGACUAAUCUGCGCGAAUCAGGCUACGUCUCUCUCAGCUCCAUAUCUGCCGCAAAAGUUCAAGUGAAAAUCAAAGGCGAUAGCAAGGACGAGCCACAGGUGGUAGAUGUUGAGUUUAAGAACGAACUGUUUGUUCUUGAGUCAUGUGCAGAUUCCACGCAAACACUCAUCGCCAUUCUAAGUGGUCUCCAGCCGCCUAUUCCACCGAGCACCGCCCAGCAGUACCGAACCGUAGUUCCGCUACAGAAAAUGAUGGAGUCGUUCACUGGAGAUGCGAUUACUUCCCCGGAAACCGUAGAAGAAGAGAAUUUCAUGGACUAUGCUGAUUUGGUUGCCGAUGAAGUACCCACGAACCUCGAAUUUGUGGGGAGCUUCUACAACCCAGAGUCAAUUCCCACUGAAGAGGAGCUAGGAGAUAGCAUGCUCGGCGAAGACGAUCUGGGGGCUCUAGCAACUCCACCAGUGACUCGGAAAACAGGUGAAAGAGGUCUUCUUGAAAGUUUCCAAGAACAAUACGAGGUUACGGAAGGGGAGCAGGACUUCGACUUCGACGACAACUACUUCAAAGACUCAGAUUCUGAGCACAAGGGGACCGCUCGGAAAUGGGAUUCAACACAGAACCAAUACCACCUAACCAACGAAUUCAAGACCCCUGACGCUCCCCUCAAGGUCUGUGUCCGUGACGUCAACAUCAUCUGGAAUUUGUUCGAUGGUUACGACUGGCCCCGAACCCGCGGUGUCAUUGCCCAGGCCGUUGAGGAUGUAGAAGCUCGGGCGGAAGAGCGACGUAGACGGCUCAAGGAUGAAGAUGAUGAGGAAGACUUUGUUGAGGCAGAUUUCUUGUUUAACUCUGUCUGGAUUGGCGUCCCGGUCAAAGAAGAAAAAGGCGCUCUCGCAAAGAAAAUCAAUCAUGACAUUGAUGAUCUAGCAAGCGAAACUGGGAGCUAUGCAACUUCUACCGCUACCCGAAGCACUGGAGCCACUGCGCGACCGCGAAGUGCCGGUAACCCUCAUCGUCGCCGAUUGAAGUUGGAGCGAAGCAAGCACAAGAAGAUCGCAUUCCAGUUGUCCGGUGUGGCCUUGGACUUAAUCGUAUUCCCUCCCAACUCCGGGGAGACACAGAACUCCCUUAAUGUGCGUGUGCGUGAUUUUGAAAUCUACGAUCACGUCCCUUCUUCGACUUGGAGGAAAUUUGCAACUUCGCUCAUCGAACCAAAUUUGCGAGAGAUGGGUAAGCCAAUGAUAAACCUGGAGCUAUUGACUGUGAGGCCGGCUACCGUACUCCCUCUCCGCCUGCAUGUCGACCAGGAUGCUCUGGAUUUCAUUACGCGAUUCUUUGAGUUCAAGGAUGACUCUGCUCCUAACUCUAGCGCAUCUUCUGAGCAGCCUUUUAUCCAACGUCUUGAGGUCCUUUCCGUCACGUUGAAACUCGACUACAAACCGAAGCGAGUUGAUUACCACGGUCUUCGUUCCGGCCACACCACGGAGUUCAUGAACUUCCUUAUUCUGGAUGGAGCCGAUAUUAUACUUCGACAUGCCAUUGUUUACGGAAUCACGAGCUUUGAUAAGCUACACAAGACCUUGAACGAUGUCUGGAUGCCGGAUGUGAAGAGGAAUCAGCUUCCCGGAGUGCUUUCAGGUCUGGCUGCAGUCCGCCCUAUCGUUAACGUUGGUAGUGGUGUCCGUGACCUUGUUGUUGUCCCAAUGCGUGAGUACAGGAAAGAUGGCCGCAUCGUUAGGAGCCUCCAGAAGGGCGUAUAUGCAUUUGCCAAGAAUACCACAUCAGAAGCAGCCCGUCUCGGCGCGAAGAUUGCAAUUGGAACGCAAAAUAUUCUUGAAGGUGCCGAGAAUUUCCUGAAUCCCCAUUCCGGCUCCCCGCGUUCCCCAUCUACGAUACAUGACUGGGCUGAUGUGGACCCCUCGGAUGCUAGCGAUGAUGAGCCUAGGGUUGUGUCAAAUUAUGCCAACCAGCCCAUUGGUGUAAAAGCUGGGUUGAGAAAUGCAGCUAGAUACCUUGAGCGAGAUUUGCUCACAGCAAGGGAUGCUAUCAUUGCAAUUCCCGCUGAAGUCAUGGAGGAGGGUACCGGCCUAGGCAUGGCGAAGGCAAUCGCUAAGAGGGCGCCUACGGUCAUUCUACGACCCGCCCUGGGCGCCACGAAAGCGGUGUCUCAUACCCUGCUUGGUGUUGGAAAUGCGCUGGAUAAGGAUAGUAAGAGGAAAAUUGAAGAUAAAUACAAAUCUUACUAA